AUGGUAAGAAUUUCCCUACACAGUUUUAUUGAGAUAAUAAAACUGUCAAAUGAUGGGGCAAAAGAAGAUCUACCAAUUGCUAAAUCGCUUCAUAAAGAAUUACAUUAUUUAGACGAUGAAAAAUAUACAAAUGAAGCAAAUGAACUUAACAAUAGUUCAUUCAAGGCAACCACAUUAUCCGAUUUGUCACCAUUUAUGCGUGAUCGAGAUUACCCGAUUCAUAUAUGUAAGGAACUCAUGGAUAACACACUGCCGUCCAACGUAAAGCGGAUACCUAAUAAUGGAUGUCAAUAG